AUCGACCACACCUACACACAUACAUACACCAUCCAACUUCACCUCUUUCAAUUCAAUUUUACUCGCAAAUUCCGCCAUGGAAGCUGCCUCUCAUACCUGUUGCAGAAUCGACUCCCUUCCUCGCUCGUUAGCUUCUAACGAUUGCAGUACCAGAUUCACCGCCGGUCGCCGUUCCUUUCCGAGCAUUGUUAGGGUUAAGCGACGGAAUGGAGUGACUCGUGCUGUCGCAACUGAACCGAAGCCCAAAGCAGCCGAUCCUAGAACCUCAAGAACCGUCAAUGGAUCUUCAAUCAACGGCACUUCCACGAGAAUGGAGACAGUUUCACAAGAGAUUAAAAGAGUUAGGGCUCAGAUGGAAGAGAACGAACAAUUGGCAUCACUUAUGAAAGGGCUUAGGGGUCAAAAUUUAAAUGAUUCUAAUUUUGCUGCCGACGAUGUUGAACUUCGCCUUGUAGAGACUGAUGAAAGUAGCGAAUUAUUGCCGAUGAUAUAUGAUCCUGCUAUCAUCUCUGCAUAUUGGGGUAAAAGGCCACGAGCUGUUGCCACACGUAUCCUUCAACUGACGUCUGUUGCAGGAGGGUUUCUUUCUCGUCUUGCUUGGGACGUGAUAAAUAAGAAGGUUAAAGAGAAUGAAGUUUCUCGGGCAAUUGAGUUGAGGGAAAUUGUAACCUCUUUGGGUCCCGCAUACAUAAAACUUGGGCAAGCAUUGAGCAUUAGGCCAGACAUAUUGUCCCCUGCUGCAAUGACUGAACUUCAAAAGCUUUGUGAUAAGGUUCCAUCAUAUCCAGAUGACAUUGCCAUGGCACUUCUAGAAGAAGAACUUGGAGAGCCAUGGCAAAACAUCUAUUCAGAGCUCACAACUUCUCCUAUAGCAGCAGCCUCACUUGGGCAGGUGUAUAAGGGCAGAUUAAAGGAAAAUGGGGAUUUGGUUGCUGUUAAGGUACAAAGGCCUUAUGUACUUGAAACAGUAACUGUUGAUUUAUUCAUCAUAAGGAACUUAGGAUUGGCUCUUCGACGUUUUCCUCAGAUAUCUUUGGAUGUUGUUGGGCUAGUUGAUGAAUGGGCUGCCCGUUUCUUUGAGGAGCUUGAUUAUAUUAAUGAGGGUGAAAAUGGAACAUAUUUUGCAGAGAUGAUGAAAAAAGACCUUCCACAAGUUGUGAUACCAAAGACAUACACUAAAUACACAUCAAGAAAAGUUCUUACUACACAAUGGGUAGAUGGUGAAAAGCUUUCACAAAGUACAGAAAGUGAUGUUGGGGAGCUAGUGAAUGUUGGAGUUAUAUGCUACCUAAAGCAGUUGCUUGAUACAGGCUUCUUCCAUGCUGAUCCACACCCUGGAAAUAUGAUUCGCACUCCAGAUGGAAAGCUAGCUAUUCUUGAUUUUGGUCUUGUAACAAAACUGACAGAUGAUCAAAAAUAUGGAAUGAUUGAAGCAAUUGCUCACCUAAUUCAUCGAGACUAUGAUGCUAUUGUUAAAGAUUUUGUGAAACUUGGUUUUAUUCCAGAAGGGGUAAAUUUGGAUCCAAUAUUACCUGUUUUAGCCAAAGUAUUUGAUCAAGCCCUUGAAGGUGGAGGAGCAAAAAAUAUCAACUUUCAAGAAUUAGCAUCUGAUUUAGCACAAAUAACAUUCGAUUAUCCAUUUCGCAUUCCUCCUUAUUUUGCUCUUAUAAUUAGAGCAAUUGGAGUUCUUGAGGGUAUUGCUUUAGUAGGGGAUCCAGAAUUCGCCAUUGUUGAUGAAGCAUAUCCUUAUAUUGCACAGAGGCUACUUACUGAUGAAUCACCACGUUUAAGGAGUGCUUUGCGAUACACAGUGUAUGGAAAAGCUGGAGUUUUUGAUGCUGAAAGAUUCAUUGAUGUGAUGCAAGCUUUUGAGAGUUUUAUAACAGCCGCCAAAAGUGGUGGAGGGGAGGAUCUAAAUGGUGACAUGGCAGAGCUUGGACUCCUACAAAAUCAGACAAACUUCACAUUCCCAAGGUUUCAAUCACCUGCAUCUCAGGAACAACUACAGCCUAUUCAAACACGAGCAGCUUUAGCAUUUCUGUUAUCCGACAAAGGGAAUUUCUUCCGAGAAUUCCUCUUAGAUGAGAUAGUGAAAGGCAUUGAUGCUGUUACAAGAGAGCAAUUGGUCCAAGUGAUGUCAGUAUUAGGACUCCAAAAUCCCACCCCAAUUUUCAGCAUGGUUCCUACCUUUGUAAACAUCAGGCCAACUGGCUUAAUCCCUUACAUAACAGAAGAGGACAAAAUCAUACUCAACAAUGUUCAAAAAAUCAUUGAAUUCCUAACCUCUUCAGAUUCAAGACCUCGAUCAUCUGAUCAGGGUUUAGAUGUGAAUCGCAUAAUUCAAGAGCUUAUUCCAAUAAUGCCUGGCUUAUCAGCCAAAGUGCUACCAGAAGUGCUAACCAGGCUAUCUUCUAGAGUUAUGGCGCGUUUGAUUCGGGAUACGUUUUUGUAAAUAAAGUCCACCAACAUGGCCCACUGAAAUACGUGCGUAUAUAUAAUUAUAUACAUAUAGGAAUUGUUUGUGAAACUUGUAUAAGUUGAUACCUGAGAUUGAUUUCUUUGCAAGUUGUAUACAAAAGUCAACUCGGAAAAUGGAUAGAUGUAAAGUAAGAAAAAAAGGAAAGUAGAAGAGAGAUAUUAACUACUUUUUCUAGUCCUCUAUCUGUAAUACAACACAUUCUAAUGUGUAAAUUUAUUCACAAA